UCCCUGCGCUCUGAUCGCGACGCUUCUGCGCCCGGCACCAUGGGAGUGACUUGUGUGUCCCAGAUGCCCGUGGCCGAGGGCAAGAGCGUCCAGCAGACCGUGGAGCUCCUCACCCGGAAACUGGAGCUGCUCGGGGCCGAGAAGCAAGGGACAUUCUGUGUUGACUGUGAGACCUACCACACGGCGGCUUCUACUCUCGGCAGCCAAGGUCAGACGGGGAAGCUGAUGUACGUGAUGCACAACUCCGAGUACCCCCUGAGCUGCUUCGCCCUCUUCGAGAACGGGCCUUGCCUCGUGGCCGACACCAACUUCGACGUGCUCAUGGUGAAGCUCAAGGGCUUUUUCCAGAGUGCCAAGGCCAGCAAGAUUGAGACCCGGGGCACCCGCUACCAGUACUGUGACUUUCUCGUGAAGGUGGGCACCGUCACCAUGGGGCCCAGUGCCCGCGGCAUCUCCGUGGAGGUGGACUAUGGCCCCUGCGUGGUGGCCGGGGACUGCUGGAACCUGCUGCUUGAGUUCCUCCAGAGCUUCCUGGGCAGCCACACCCCCGGGGCCCCUGCCGUGUUCACGAGCAGACAGGACGCCGUCUACAGCCCAGCGGACACCAUGGCCCAGUACAUGGAGCUCUUCAACAAGAUCCGCAAGCAGCAGCAGGUGCCCGUGGCCGGCCUUCGCUAGGGACCCCGCCCCGAGGCCCGGGGCCGGCACGGAGUCU